CCGGUGUUAACUUCCGCCGGCAGAAGCCGCGUGUUGUACAACAGACACCGGCCCGAAAACCUAACAAACGAUCAAGCUUAGGGUUUUUUAUCUUCACGUCCCGUUGACUGUCCUCGGAUCAGAUGGCGGAGGUCGUGCCGGAGAAAAGCGGUGGGUUAAAGUUUGCUGAGCGGCAGCUCCUCCGUCACGGCUGGGAACACGGUAAAGGACUCGGGCGAGCUGAGAACGGCAUAUCGGAGGCCAUCAAGGUCAAAGUGAAAUGUGACAAAGGAGGAGUUGGUCAUAGAGAAGGAGAGCAGUUCAGCUUCCAGUGGUGGGAUCAUGUUUUUAACAAGGCCUCUGCCAGUCUGCAGGUGGAGACUCACCAGAAUGGAAUUAAAUUAAAGAAGACGGCAGAAGGAGAAGAAGAAGACGGGACAAUCUCCAACAAGAAACCACGGAAAGCCCUGCUGGCAAAAAGCAAACUUUAUGGAUGUUUUGUGAAGUCGGCCACGCUGCUGUCGGGUCAAGAGCAGCCGGAACCCAAAGCGUCCGCUUCAGACGACAGCAGCAGCUCUGAGGAGGAAGAGGAGCAGAAACUGGAUCUGUCCAGCACCACAAAGCUCUCUGACUCUGAUCUGAUGAAGGCCUGCGGAGGACGAACGGCUCACAAGGGGGCGAGGCACGGACUGACCAUGAGCGCCAAGUUAGCCCGACUGGAGCAGCAGGAGGCCGAGUUCAUGGCCACGUACGGCAAGAAGAGCCCGCAGACCCGGCCUCCAUCUGUUUGUGUUGCACCGACUCCUCCGACGGUUGGAUCGGAGCCGACAGCGGAGCGCCGCAGAGAAAAGACGAAGAAGAAGAAAUCCACAGAGAGAUCCGUGGAGCUAGAUGACGCGGAGGUGUGUGAAAGCCCCAAAACGGAGGUUCAACCAAAGGAGAAGAAGAAAAAGAAGAAAGAUAAAAGCAAGGAGGAACUUCCUGCAGAGGGAGACAGAAACUGUGAAAGGAGGAGAAACAUCACCGAGCAGAACGGAGCCGCAGCAGAAACUCAGGAGCUGAACUCUGACUUUAAACUGAAGAGGAGGAAGAAAUCAUCCAAAAAUGACAAAACGGCCGAAGAGGAGGAGAGAAGAGAGGAAGAAUCCAUCCAAUCAGAAGACAGAACACAGGAGGAGGAGGUUACCGUGACGACAGAGAAGAGGAAAAGAAAGAAAAGCAAAAAGGAGAAAUUACUGACUGAGAAAAGAGACGAGGAGUUUCCACCAAAGAAGAAGAAGAAGAAAUCCAAAGACUGACGAGAAAACGACCUUCUGGUUUUUACAGACUCAGUGAUUUAACUUUUCCUCUGCAGAUAAAUUAUUUAUGUUCAGGUGAGUUAGAUCCACUCAGAACAUUUAGACCUUUUCAGUUUUUUAACUCCAGCCGACAUUAAACAUGCAACGAUGAAUUUGUCACCUAAACACAACUUUUUUCAGCUGAUAUUAGGUGUGUCUGUAAAAAACUGCAUUUGAAAUGAAAUCCUGUGUUGGCUGAUCUGAGGGCCACAAUAUGAUUCAAAAAGUGUUUUGUGAAAUCUGGAAUAAUGAAAAAUGUUUUAAUAAAACUGAUGAUCAGGAGACAAUGACUGCUCACAAGUAAAAACACAAGCCUAGUUCCAUUUGUUUUUUAUUUACUCGUUAGAAUUAAAUUUGAAUUUUACACAGAAUGCGUCAAACUUCCCAACAA